CAUCGCAAGCGAGCGUACCGCCCAGAAGGGAGAUAACCUUACUCCUGGCGGCGAUUCGGAAGCUGGCGUACCGCCCAGAAGGAGAUAAAUUUAUUCCUGGCGAUUCUUAAUUUUGUGCAUUUGAAAAUGCAUAGUUUUAUUUUUAUUUUUAUGAAAGCCAAUUAGUUUGUUGAGGAGCAUAACCUAAUUUCAGUUUAAAAAGAAAAUGCAUAAAUGAAGAUUCAUUUGGAACAUAGGUUAUAACGCUCAAUUUUGCAAUACUAAAAAAAAAAAUGUUGAACCCAUUUUCAUUUCGUUGCUCCAAUUAUUCUGCGACAGCGUUUUCUUCCCUAUUACUCCAUAAUACGACAUCGUUUCACCUCAACGGACCAUCUCUCACUUUUCCGUUUCCCCGACGACCGUUCAACCCACCGGAACUCCGGUCAGUUCCCCCUGUAUUUGCUGUUGCCUCUUUACCAUUCUUCGAUAUCAGCGGAGGCAAAGGCAUGAAUGAGUUCUAUGAUGUGGAACUAAAAGUUCGCGAUUAUGAAUUGGAUCAGUUUGGUGUGGUCAACAAUUCGGUUUAUGCAGGUUAUUGUCAACAUGGUCGCCAUGAAUUCUUGGAAAGCAUUGGUAUUAAUUGUGAUGGGGUGGCUCGUGGUGGUGAUGCAUUAGCAUUGUCAGAACUAUCCUUCAAAUUCCUUGCACCUCUAAGAAGUGGUGACAGAUUUGUCUUAAAGGUUAAGGUGUCUGGCUCUUCAGCUGCUCGUAUAUUCUUUGAUCACUUCAUCUAUAAGCUACCAAACCUAGAGCCUAUUUUGGAAGCCAAGGCCACAGCGGUGUGGCUUGACAAAAACUAUCGCCCCAUUCGAAUUCCGGCAGAUAUUAAGUCUAAGUUUGUUAAAUGUAUUCGUAGAGAAGAUUCUUAGUCAAUCUUUCACAUGAACAUUUGAUUGAUAGAUCAUUGAGAAAGUAAACUGUUUUUUGUACUUGACUUCAAUUUGGCAUGUGGAUGGGCAAGUCAUUCGAAGUAGUACCGUUAUGUAAUGGAGGUUUGUGUAAUUUUAAAUAAUUAAAAACCUAAUUUAAACCAUAAUUCUAGCAAUAA